AUGCAUGUCUCAUUAAAAGACAUAAUGCCUGCUCAGCAUUCUUAACACAACCCACUGUCGAAGAUAAAGUUUAAGAUUAGUAAGAAGGUGGAAUCUCUUUGUCAAUGCAAUCAAAAAAGUUGCUUAAUCUGUGCUCGAAAAAGAUCAUCCUCAAUGUUGAGUAUCAAAAAUUCGUUGGUGGUUGAUGAAAGCUCACCAGUUUCGAAAAGAACAGUUGAUCAGAAAGCUAUUUUAGUAUAAUAAGCUGUCAUCUCAAAAUAAAUAUCAAGACAACAAUCAAAUCAUGUCAUUCAUCACAGUUAUUAUAGUGGCAAAUAAAUCAAUAAUACUACUUCAACCACAAUGGUUAAUAAUUCUCGGACCAGAAAGACAUCUCUUGAAUCCUCGCCUCCCAAGGAAAAUGUAAUCGGAAGACAUUCCUUCAAAUUUCUAUAUGUAAUUGGAAAAGGCGGAUUUGGAAAGGUUUGGAGAGUUGAAAUGAAAGCCAAUCGUUAAGAAUAUGCGCUUAAAGAAAUGUUGAAAUCCAAAAUCAUCUCUAAAAGGUCUGUUAAUUCUGUGAUGAAUGAAAAGUAUCUACUCGAACAUCUCAAACAUCCUUUUCUAGUGAAUAUGCAUUAUGCUUAUUAAGACAGAGAAAACUUAUACUUGGUCUUGGAUUUACUCAGAGGAGGAGACCUCAGAUAUCAUAUUGGUAGAAACACCAGAUUCUCAGAAGAUCAAACAAAGUUUUUUGUCUGUUGUAUUUUAUUGGCUCUCUAAUAUUUACAUCAAAAUGGCAUAAUCCAUAGAGAUGUUAAACCUGAAAAUCUAGUUUUCGAUAAAGAUGGAUUCUUGAGAUUAACUGACUUGGGAGUAGCUAGAUUAAAUAAGGAUUCUGCUGCUAGUGAUACCUCAGGAACUCCUGGUUACAUGGCACCUGAAGUUAUGUGUAGACUCGACCAUUCAUUUCCUGUCGAUUAUUAUGCACUUGGAGUUAUUGCUUACGAGUUACUCCUUGGCAAAAGACCAUAUAAUGGCAAGAAUAGAUAAGAAAUUAGAGAUCAGAUCCUAGCCAAAUAAGUUUAAAUUAAAGAUGAAAGGUUCUCUCCGAAAGCACAGGACUUCAUUAAUAGACUACUCAUAAGAAAGCCUUAACAAAGGUUAGGCCACAAUGGAAUUGAAGAGAUUUUUGAGCACCAAUGGCUGAAAGGAUAUCCUUGGGGCAAGUUGAUCAAUAAAGAAAUCAAGUCAUAAUAUGUUCCUGGGAGCAUAGACGGAAAUUUCGAUUUUCAAAGUUAAAUCUCUGCUGAUAGCGAACCUUAAGAAGACGCCGCAUCUCUCAUCAGAAGAAAAAGUGUUUAAUGUUUAUUUGAAGGAUACAAAUUUCAAUGA